CUGAAACCUGGGUUAAACCAGUGUUUGCGUUCCUUGUUCCCGUUGCCUUGCAGAACUGCCGUGCAAUGGGUACACCAACAGUAUAGCCAGUUCCACAAUGGCCGCCACCGCGACGCUACCGUCUUCAGCUGAGAACGUCACCUGCGCGUCGGCUCCUUUAGAUCAGCUGAGAAGCGUCUUAGACUCUCUGUACGCAGGGGAGAACGUCCACGUCACAGUCUUCCUCUCGCUUUCCUGCGCGCUGGGCACGCUGGGUAAUCUCCUGACGGUUCUGGUCAGCGCGAGGCGAAGGGAGAAAUCCUCGGCCACCAUCUUUGUUCUGACCUUGGCCGUGGUCGACCUUGUGGUCUGCGCGGUCGUCGUGCCCUUGAAGCUUUACGAACUGAACCACGGGACGUACACGGGACAGGUGUGGUGCCGGCUGAACCCGUACCUCACAGCCGCAAGUCUCCUCAGUUCUACCUUCGUUCUGCUGGCCGCGACGGUGGACCGCUACAGGGCAGUGUGCAAGCCUGUACAACACUUCUCUGUCAGAAAGUCGGCCGUGGCGGCUGCAGGGGCGGGUUCGGCCGUCCUGGGCUGCGUCGCCGCCGUUCCCGCCAUCUUUACUCACGGUCAAGUCCACGGCUUCACGGCAAGGUCAUCGUGCGAUCCCAUCAGCCUCUGCGACACGGCCAGCCCGGAGAUGUCCCGGAUGUACUACGGCGUGACGGCCGCCAUUUUUCUUUCAGCUGUGGUGGUCAUGGGUGUCCUGUACGCGCUGGUGUACAAGUACGUGCGGGACCUGGUCCGGCCCGGCGCGGCCCACGUGAUCCAGUCCUCCAAUCAGCGGCCGGCGUUCUCCUCCCUGAAGCUGGGCGCGAAGAGAGUUCGGGUCGCUUCCCUGAGUGACGUGCUGGAGGAGUCGCCGCAGGCCGACAUCGGCGGGAGCCCGGCAGGGGCCCGACCGGGGCAUCAGGACAUCGGCGGGAGCCCGGCGGAGUUCCCCUCGCGGACCCACCCAGCGCUGCUGGAGGAGUCGCCGCAGUUCGACAUCGACAGGAGCCCGGCAGGGCAUCCCAAGCGAUGUUCCCGCGCUCAGAACUUCCUGUUGAUAGAUCCAGUGUUGCUGCCAGGCGACGCAUAA